AUGACCCUCCGUCCUCUCCCCAUGGACCUCUCCUCCCUCGAAGGACCACCCAUUGCCGACCCCAGAUUCACCAUGUCCAUCCCGCAAAUCCACCUCGACCACGCCCUCUUCGCCACGCCACACCCCGAGCCCGAGCCCGAGCAAAGGCUACGGGCCAGCUACCUCCCGCAACGGCCCGCAUCAGCCGACGCUCUCGCCCACCCCCGCCAGAAACACCGGCACCAGCACCGACAAAGAAACCAACCCCACCUCACCCUCGACACAAACACCUCCCGCCACAGCUACACGCCCACAACCACCUACAACAACGCCUACGCCUACGCCCGCGCCCGCGCCCACGCCCACGCCCACGCCCCCAGCUCCCAACACACCCACCACCCGGCCCGCGCACCACGCCGCCUCACCUGGAUCGAAAGCGAGAGCAUCUGGAUCAUCACCAGCGCAGGCGCCUCGCCGUCCUCACCGUCCUCGACCUGGGGCGACGUCAACUGGGCCGCGGCGAGCCGCCGGCCGCCCGUGCUGACGCACUCGCGCUCCAUGGACCUAUCGCUGAGGCAGACGCAGGCGGUGGAGGAAGUCCCGCCGCCGUAUGAGCGGCAUUAUUUCGAUCGGCCGCUGGGAGGGCAGAUGCUGGCUGUGGGAGGCUCUGAUUCUGAUUCUGGUUCUACUUUCCUCUAUGCGGAUGUGGAUGUGCGGGGGGAGUACCGCGAUGGGACUGCCGAAUGGCCAGGCUCGGUGGGAGGGGAGGGGAGGGGGUCGCGGUGGACGGAGAUCGCGAGGCGGAUGAACCGGAGUCCGUUUGGAUGA